UCAUUAUGGCAUAAGAUUCUUACAUACAGGUCAGAACUAAUCAAAUUUGUGUUAUAUGUUUGUUCUAAAAUGUUACAAACUUGCUUGAAAAUUGACAUCAAACAGUAAAUGUUAAGCCAUAUGAUAUAUCAAGCAAAUAAAUACAAGCUUGUCAACGUACAAAAUGGAUUGUAGCGUUAUCGCUUGCUUCGUUAAUGAAGAUAAUGUAAAACAUAUGUCAAGAAAAUUGUGUUAAAUUACAAACUCCUUGCAACAAUCUUGACACUUAAUGUGCUCAUCUAAAAACGUUUAACAGAAAUUAGAUUCGCAGUAAAUCAUCUUUAUUCUCAAUACACAGAAAGAAUAAAAAGAUUUGAGGGAAAUUAGAUUUGACACAAGGUAUAUGUCAGGCAUCUGUUAACAAAAAAAAAAUAAUGUAUGAAGAUUUGAAAUGCGAUUAAAGGUUAUAUGAUACGCUAUACAUCAACUAGCGAGAGUGUAUAAAAGAAGUAGAAAACGAACAGGUGAUUCAAUGGACUUUUAACAGCUCGUAUUCUUGUUACAACCAUAUAAUACGCGAAUUAUAAUCUGACAACUUCUUUUUAUCUGUGCUUGUGAAUUACUGUCAAUCUUUUUUUCAUGUUAUAAUUGAUAUCUAUUUUCCGAUGUAUAAAUCUGACCAGAUUGUCACUAUAAAAGCCUUGGGCAUUCCUUGAUAGUUACUGGUCCGGAACGGAAAGUACCAACGAUCAGCUGUUUUUACAGCAGACAGAAAAUGCAACAAAUAUCAACAUUUUUCUUCAAUUAUUUAUUUUUUUCCGUUCUGUUUAAAUAUUUGGACGGCAAUCCUGCUCGAGUGGAUUUAAGAGAACAUGAUUUAAGUCAUAUAUCUAGCGAGCAGUUGAGGCGCGUCGUAACACAAGAUGAAAAUCAGGAAUUUCGAUCAGAAACUGACGAAGAAACAUUACUAGAACAUCUAUACAACCAAACUCAAUAUAGAGAUCAAAAUAAUAGAUCAAAAUGUACUUCUUGUACCGUCAGAGAAGAUCAGAAGAAACACAGAAUUGAAUCAAUCAAAAAUCGAAUUUCGCAUGCAUUAAGAUUAGAUGUUCUUGGGAAGCCAAAUAUGACAAAUAACAAACUACCAAAAAUACCACAAUUUCAGAAACUUAAGCAAAGAUACGAAAUAAGAGAAGCUUUAGAUAUGCAGAAUGACGAAGUUCGUAACUCUCAGGAGGAUUAUGUUGAGGAAUUCGGACAAUCUCAAAGGACUUAUACUUUUGCUCAACUUCCUCCAACGGAAUUAAACAUUGAACAACCAAAUUCUAUAUACUUCACUUUACCAGAUCUAAUGGACAAGGUUUUGGAAAAGGCUUUUCUGUGGGUUUAUAUUGAUCCAUCUCAAAAUGUUACUCAAAUUUAUGUAUAUUCACUCGUCAAAAGUUCAAAAAACAGUGACUUUAUAGAAAAGCAGUUCUUAAGUCGUAAAAAACGAUCAUCCCGUGGAUGGCAACAUUUUAACAUUUUAAACGAAGUAGAAAAAUGGAUAGAAGAUCCAUCGAGGAAUAAAGGUCUUGUCGUUGAAGCACUGGACGAUAACGGAAGAAAUUCGAUUGUAUUGCCCUCUGCAAAUGAUGAUGGAUACGAACCUGUCUUGGAUACAAGAACAUCGCUUCAAACACACCACAGACGCAGUAAACGUUCAAUCUAUCUCAACUGUGAUGAAGAACAUGCAACAGAGUCUUGUUGUAGAUAUCCAUUAACUGUUGACUUUGUUGAGUUUGGAUGGGACUUCAUAAUAGCCCCGUUAACAUACUCUGCAUAUUACUGUGCAGGGGAAUGUAGGAAUCAACACAUGGAUUCUGGUCCUCAUGGAUAUUUACGUCAACAAGUGGAUGCGCUACCCCCUGAACAUGGACCUUGUUGUAGCCCAACUAGGAUGGGACAACUAUCAAUGCUUUACUUUGAUCAUUCAAUGAACAUUCAAUUCACAACCUUGCCGAGAAUGAAAGUUGAAAGAUGUGGAUGUACUUAGUCUCAAUGCAAACUUCCGAAAGAUGUCUUUCAUGUUGGUUUUCAUUCGUGAAAAGUGUAAAUGAGCUGAAAUGCCCGUUUGUGUGUGGUUGUUUUGAGUUGUUGUUAUUAAGAAAUCCUAUCAUUGAUCUCGUGUUUAUCUGAUACAGUCGAUCAUUUGUAACUGUUAAUAUUGCUUAUUUGUAUAUAUGUAUAUAUAUAUAUAUGUAUUAGAUACAUGUACAUAGCCCGAUGAUUGAGUGUAUCUAAUGUACAUCAAGCCAUUAUGGUUAAUGCAAAAGGAUAGAUUUAAAUAAUUUAGGAUGGGAUCCUUCAGCAAUUUUGUAUUAUUUUAUGGCAAACCCAAUACAUUUAAUGAACAUGGAGUAAAUAUAAAUAUCGACAAGUAGGGGGUAUAUCUGAAUCGUUAUAUCACUUCUCACUGUAUUCAGUAACUUAAGUUAACUCGAUAUCAUAUCACAUAAUAAAAAAAAUCUAAUAUUAUACGAUGAAAGUAAAACGAACCAUGAAAUUACUAAAGUUGUCAAUUAAUUCGGAAAAGUUGUUGUGCAAGUGCACUGAUUUGCGUUCUUAACGCCACGGGAAGGAAAAUUUAAAUAAGCAAAAAUCCUAUCAAUCCUUAAAGAUUAGGCUGGAAACCUGGAAAAAUACUCUCUCGUUUGGUGCACAUUGUAUAUAAAGAUACUUGUAUUACUGGUUUAGUUUUGUUAGACUUAAUUCGUGCCGAAUGAUUACAAAGGUUUAUUAUUUAAACGUCCAAUAUCAUUAUUUUCAAACUUCGAAAAUGUAUUGCUUUCCACAAAUUUUCCAUUAUCAAAUACACAUACAUCUACAAUCGUAAACAAUAAUAUGAUAAGCAUACACUUCAAAUGUCAAUUAUCUUUGUAACAAUAAAUAAUAAUAAAAUUUGAGUAAAUUUUUUGUUAGUAAAAAAUGGAUUGAUGUUGGGAGAUACAAAACAGAAAAUAAUAAAUAUUUUUUUCAAAAGGUGAAUUGGAUCUGGGUUCUGUGUAUUCACAUUAUUUGUACAACUCUCUUUACUGAUGGCAAAAAAUGGAUUUUCCGUGACCUCAAUGGUUCGCGAAAAUUAAUAUUUUUAUAUAUAGUAUAGUAACAAUAUUCGCUGCAAAGAAUUUUACAAUCGACAAAACUGGCGUUUACUCCUUUGUAGUUAAAACUGUCAGUAAAUAUUAAGUAAUAUUGCAGAAUAACUUGUUCACGCCAAAUUUGUUCUUGAAGAUAUUAUCAGAAACAUUUGAUCGACUGUAUGUUUACAGUAUUUGUUGUUUGUUCAUUUGGUGUUCAUUGUUGUAACUUGGCAAUAUGGUGCUUUACAGAUUCUUUAUAUUUUAAGCUAUUUAAAUUGACGACCGCUAAAGCGGUAAAUUGUAAUUUAAAGUAGUCUGAUUCGCUUCAAAAGCAUGAAAAAAUACAAUUUGUGUCAUUAUUUUUAUAAUGUAAAGAGUACACAUAGUAAAAGAAAUUGUACUUCCUGUCAGUGCUUUUGCUUAGUUGAUGUUGUGAAAUUGGUAAUACAUCAGUUUUUGAUGCACAAUUAGUGCUGUAAAAUUAAUGCUUCGUAGUUAUAAAUAAGAAAUAGACCCAAGACCAUCGGGUACGACAUCUUUUGCCAAAUCUUUUUUUAUCUAUUUAAUAAGCUUGUAUUUGGGAUUCGACUAAGUUUUUUUUCUAUUUGAUAAGCGUGUUUUUUUGAAAUUGGCUAAGAUGCCCUUGUCUAUCUUUCAAAACUAAGCAUAAACAAUAAUAUAUGACUAUUGAAAUGUGUUAAUAUGUUAAGCUAAAAGUUUAAUUCAAACAUAUUUUUCCAUUUGAUGGAAGAAAUCGGCAAAUUUUGUGAUAGAUAUAGAAGAUAUGAAUAUUUGCGUGUAUUAGCAAUGGUGGGUAAAACCACAAUUUGCAACCAAGUUGCAUGUGAUUGACUAAAUAGGGCAUAUUUAAGUGAUAAGGAAAACAACAUGGGAUCUGUGGUGUCUCAAAAUACUAGAAUUAUAUAAUCGUAAGUGGUUGAAACAAAUUAUAGAGACUAAAUAAUGUUGUAUUUUAUGACAUUGACAUAUUUGAAAUAUAAAUAUGAGGAUAUUUCGCAUGACAGCAAAAAGUACUUUUAAUCUUCAAACUAAUCUGUCUGCUGGUCUUUUUUCUCUACAAAUAUUAUUUUCCAGACAAUAUAGUGAGGUCCACAUUCUAAUGCAUUCCAUUUUUAAUGUGCAUUAAAGAUAUUAGCGUGAGGGAAAUUUGUAGCUUGAAUGACUGUAAAGAAUAUGGUUAUAUAAAUGCAGUGAUUGUUUGUGAAGCUGUUUAAUGUUAUGCUUAAUUGUCUUUAAAAAUGGGUAUUUAGAGGGACAACACUUUAUAUUAUGGUUUUUUUUUGUUAUCAGUAAGGUAUAUUUAUUUUUGGAAACUGCAUCUAACAAUAUGACCACAGUUUGCCUUUUAAAAAAAUGAUGUUAACAACGUUUCGAACUGUGAUAAUACAAAUAAAAUUUUUUAUCUUA